GAGUGGAAACGGAUCCGCACGAUCACCAGUCCCUCGUUUACGUCGGGAAAGUUGAGGGCAAUGAUGGGUAGUAUCGGUGGUAUUGCCGACCAGUUUGUCAACAAUCUGGAUGAAUAUGCCGCAAAACGGCUGAUAUGCGCAAAUACAUGGGUGCCUUUGCCAUGGUACACUAGUCGCGGACACGGAUACCAUAUUUGCACCUCAGCUAAUAAGAGAUCGGAUUUCAUACAACUUAUGAUUGAUAACGAAAAGAAUGACAAGAAUUUUGAUUCCGAUUAUAAUAGCGAUGAAGACAUAAAUGUAAACCAAUUGCAAGAAUCGACGGAAACUGUUAUUAAAUCCUCGCAAACGCUAACGAGUGAUGAGUUGACGGCUCAGGGAAUACUGUUUUUCAUCGCCGGCUACGACACGACCAAGUCAAAGAAUUUGAGAGCAUUUCUGUCGAACGGCUCUAAGCGUAGGAAUCGAGCGAUCGGUGGAAACAAAACAGAGAUAACAUAA